AUCUUUCAAUUCUAUUACAUCUGCUACAGCGAUUCCAACCUUCACUUCAGGUGAUGUUGUCAAUGGAUCGCCAUCUUUUUCCACAAACCCAACAACGAGUUCUAGUGUCGUGAGUGGCGGUAUCUCUUCAUUUUCAGCGUUCCCUGUACCUACUUCAAGUAUUCCAGUAGAAACUACCAUUUUCUUUUAAGAAGUAAGGAUCGAUGGACGUGCACAGUCAAAAAGGUUAUAUCAUACAACUGAUUGUGUUAUAAUAAGCAGAAAACAAUCAUUGAUGUUGCAAGGUCAAAGGACUUUGAAUAAAGCAAAAAGGUUGCAUUUAUUUUUGAAA